CAGCUCGGCUCGGCUGGUUCCGGGUUGAGAGGCUGCGCUGGACCGGAGAGGUGGCCACUGAGCUGGCGGGGGUAAGGGGGUGCGCCCGACUGGGGCUGGUGCAGGGAUCGGGCAGCUGUGCGGACCCACACCCCUCCUCUCCUCUGCACAGCUGUGGUGCGACUCGGUCUGGCUUCUCCCACCCCCAGAAUUUCCCAUCCCUAGCUCUCCCCCUCCCCCAAUUGCCCCGGUCCAGGGAUUUGAGCCCCCCCCCUCGGCCUCCGCCCCCUUCCUGGUUCUCCUUUUUCCAGUACCCAUCCCUUCGACUGUCGGGUCCCCAAGAACCUCCUCUCCAGGAGCCCCUUCCCUUAGACACCCUCGGCCUCUUCCCUCAGCACCCAUCGCUCUGAGCACCACUACCUCGAAAUCGCCCUCCCAGACGCUCACCCCGGCAGUCUCGCGUCCCUUCGUGUAACGCCCUCGGGCAGUACCCCUCCUUCUCCAGUGACUGCUACCCUGUCUCCGCGGGCCUUGUCCCGCGUCGCUCCCUCGGGUCUGCCCCGACAGCGCCGCGCUCCCCGCCGCCCCUGCCUCGGCCUCCUCCCCGCCGCCCCUGGCGCCAUGGCUUGCAGCCUCAAGGACGAGCUGCUCUGCUCCAUCUGUCUGAGCAUCUACCAGGACCCGGUGAGCCUGGGCUGCGAGCACUACUUCUGCCGCCGCUGCAUCACUGAGCACUGGGUGCGGCAGGAGGCGCAGGGCGCCCGCGACUGCCCGGAGUGCCGGCGCACGUUCGCCGAGCCCGCGCUCGCGCCCAGCCUCAAGCUAGCCAACAUCGUGGAGCGCUACAGCGCCUUCCCGCUGGACGCCAUCCUCAACGCGCGCCGCGCCGCGCGACCCUGCCAGGCGCACGACAAGGUCAAGCUCUUCUGCCUCACCGACCGCGCGCUGCUCUGCUUCUUCUGCGACGAGCCUGCGCUGCACGAGCAGCACCAGGUCACCGGCAUCGACGAUGCCUUCGAGGAGUUGCAGAGGGAGCUGAAGGAGCAGCUUCAGGCCCUUCAAGACAGCGAGCGGGAGCACACGGAGGCGCUACAACUGCUCAAGCGACAGUUGGCGGAGACUAAGUCUUCCACCAAGAGCCUGCGCACCACCAUCGGCGAGGCCUUUGAGCGGCUGCACCGCCUGCUGCGGGAGCGGCAGAAGGCCAUGCUGGAGGAGCUGGAGGCCGACACGGCCCGCACGCUGACCGACAUCGAGCAGAAGGUCCAGCGCUACAGCCAGCAGCUGCGCAAGGUGCAGGAGGGCGCCCAGAUCCUGCAGGAGCGGCUGGCCGAGACCGACCGGCACACCUUCCUGGCCGGCGUGGCCUCCCUGUCUGAGAGGCUGAAGGGGAAAAUCCACGAGACCAACCUGACCUAUGAAGACUUUCCGACCUCUAAGUACACGGGUCCCCUGCAGUACACCAUCUGGAAGUCCCUGUUCCAGGACAUCCACCCAGUGCCAGCUGCCCUGACCCUAGACCCUGGCACUGCCCACCAGCGCCUGAUCCUGUCUGAUGACUGCACCAUCGUGGCCUACGGGAACCUGCACCCACAGCCCCUGCAGGACUCACCGAAGCGCUUUGACGUGGAGGUGUCGGUGCUGGGCUCCGAGGCCUUCAGUAGUGGCGUCCACUACUGGGAAGUGGUGGUGGCGGAGAAGACCCAGUGGGUGAUCGGGCUGGCCCACGAGGCCGCGAGCCGCAAGGGCAGCAUCCAGAUCCAGCCGAGCCGCGGCUUCUACUGCAUCGUCAUGCACGACGGCAACCAGUACAGCGCCUGCACGGAGCCCUGGACGCGGCUCAACGUCCGGGACAGGCUGGACAAGGUGGGCGUCUUCCUGGACUACGACCAGGGCUUGCUCAUCUUCUACAACGCCGACGACAUGUCCUGGCUCUACACCUUCCGGGAGAAGUUCCCUGGCAAGCUCUGCUCCUACUUCAGCCCUGGCCAGAGCCACGCCAAUGGCAAGAACGUCCAGCCACUGCGCAUCAACACCGUCCGCAUCUAGGCCAGCAGGACUCUGCCUGCACACAGGAGGCCUGGACCCAGGCCCGCCUGGUCACUCAGCCCUCAGGCCAGUUGUUCACCCUUGGACCUCCGUUGCCCUGUCUGUGACAUGGAUGGAGAUUGUGCUCCGUGAGCCCUAAGCUCUCUUCCAGCAUUAAAGUUCUGUAAGCUCUGACCUUGAUGGGGACAUGACAUGGCUUCUCCUCAGGGCCGCCCCCACCUGGCCCUUCUCCCCAUCCCCUCAGGGGAAGGGCACUACCUCCCCGUGUCUCCCUCCUGCCCAGCUGCCCGGGCCUCAGGAUGUGUUGGAUGUGGUCAGUGGUUGACAGCCUGAAAGACAGAAUCCUCUUAUGCUCGUGGCCUAAGACUUGCUAGUGAUGGCGUCUUACCCUUGACCCCAGCCCGCUGUGGACACAGGCAGUGGCUGGUCCUAGGGUUGUCUCAGAACCACCCUUUCAAGCCCCCCCACACGCCAAGAGCUGUGUGGUCCCUGGUUUCCCACUGUUGUACAAAGCAGAGAGAGCGCUGCGGCUGGCGAAGGCACCUAGUAGUUGAGGCCACUUGUUAGUUACCAUGUCACCAUGGCACCACCUUCCUGCCCAAAAUCUAAGGGCAGGAUGAGGGCACCCUGGAGACCCAGGUAGAGCACAACAGCUAACAGUGCCUGCCGGACAGCAAGCAUCACUGGACGAUCAAGGUCCCCAGCAGCUCUGGACUCUAGUCCAGCCACCCCUUGCAGCCAGGCCUCUGUGGCCUGCUAGGACACAGAAAGGCUGCUGGGAGCAGUUGUUUUCAUCAGGCCCUGAACCCUGGGAGGGGCUGUUGGCUGAGACACCCCCUCCCCUCUUCAGACUUGGCAUCUGUCUCACUUAGGAUCCUGCUGCAGAAACAAGAGCCACUUUAGUCGGCUCAAUUAGACAAGGAUUCAUUACCAGCUCCCUGGGCACUUGCUCUAGAAGGGCUGGAAGGGAGCAGUGGAGUCCUUGCUGAAUUUCCAGGAAUAACUCCAGCUGCCAGAUGCAUCCUGUCAUGACCAGGGAAGCUGCUCCCCCCUGCAGGAAGCCACUGUAUCAGAAGCCACUGGCUGCAGCAAUGUGCCCCCUCUGCCACCGUCCAUGCCAGCAAAUGGAUGUCCUGAGGCCUGCCUCUCUUCCAGUAACUCAGGUCCCCAAUCCAUAUUUCUAUGAGGGAUUCUCUACCUUGACCGCACGGGAGUCUGGGAAAUGUAGUUUCCCUCUUUCCAGCUUCAACCAUAUGAAAAGGGCCCUAGAUGAAAGUUAGCCUGGGUAUCGGGCAAGCACGUUGCAUUUUCUGCCACAGCAUCCAUCGCAAAACGCUCCAGAGAGACGAGUCCACCUGGAGGACUUGGCUUCGAAGCAGCAGAACCUGGAGGUGCCCUGCCCUGCCCUGCCUAGAGGUGACAACCUGGGGGCGUGCCCGCAAGAUUGCAGAGUUCUCCCAAGUCCUGGGGCCUCAGCUCUGUGGGGUCAGCACACUCCUCAGAAAGGAGCCCCAGGAGCUGAACUUGAGGGGCUCCCACUCCCGACUGCCAUGCACUGGGCCUCCCCUGAGCAAGAGUAAACCUCAGCCCUGCUCAGCCCUCAGCUCCCAGAGUCUGGGCCACCCCCCAGCAGUAUUUUUAUUUAAAAUGUUUCCCAUUUUGUGAGUUAUGAUAAAUUUGUAUUAAAUUAAAGUUACAGGACACCAGUGGUCAGUUCCAUUC